UGUAACGGUGCACUGUUCUUUUUUUUUUUUUAGCUGCACUGUGUAAGUUUGAAAGUGGUCAUACAAAUCAAGCAACUGUACAUCAUUUGGGAAUUUGGGCAAAAUUAGCAUUUUUUAACAUGGUGCAUAUUACAGUACAAUUACAAAUUCACCAAGCUGAUGAGAAAAGAAGGAAGAUGAAACAUGGCACAAAUGUUUACAAAUCUUUCCACGUCACUUAUAAACCUAAUCAUGAAUCAAGAAAAAUGUUAAAUCCGCUUAAAUUCUCCUGCAGAAAGGCAAAGGUUCUAACUUUAUUUCCAUGUACCAUUAUAGAAGCUUUGUAUUUAAUGAUGAAAGAUGUUUAUUAGUAGACAUGAUGAGUACCCUGACACCUUUGCCCUCCUUUUGUGGGUUUUAUCUUACUCAUACACACACUCUCUCUCACACACACACACAAACACACACACACACACACACACACACACACACACACACACACAUAAAAUGUGAAAGACAUUUGAGCUGAUUGUACAGGAGAAGUUGCGUGAUGGUAGGGCUUGUGGGUAACAUUAAUAUCACGUAAGAGACGGACAGACAGAUACAUAGAACUCAUAGCAAUAACACCAAAGAAGCCACAUGCUAGUAAGCACAUCAUCCGAUUAACACUUUCUGUCAGGCGCAACACACAGUUCACAUUCUGUUAAGAGCGGGUGCAGGGCCAGCGCCAACUGGCAUUAGUUAGCUGAAGAACAUUCAACUUAAUGUCGAUGUUUGUAACUCAACAAGGUUUUGUACACAAAAGGAUUGCAUACUGAGAGGUUGACUGAGGAUCUGAGCACAGGCUUACUCCAAGUGCCACUUACAAAUGUACUGACAUAAAGCACGCACUUCUGAAGCAGAGGAGUUCUUCAAUCUGCCAUUGUUGGAAAGUAUGCAGUCUGCAUUCUCAUGUCCGAGGAGGGAUGAUGAGAUAGAGGCUGAGGAGCCAUCUCAUAGAGGUCUAGGCUUGCGUCGCAAAAGAGAAUUUACACCGGAUGAGAAAAAGGAUGCCUCUUACUGGGAAAAACGUCGCAAGAACAAUGAGGCAGCCAAGCGUUCACGAGAGAAGCGCAGAGCAAAUGACUUCAUGCUGGAGACACGGUUAGUGGCACUGAGUGAGGAAAAUGCAGCUCUACGAGCUGAGCUACUGGCUUUGAACCUCCGAUAUGGCCUGCUCAGCUCUAACUGUCCUUACACAUCGCAUCAGAGGAGCGUCCUUCAGAUGCAUUCAUACUUUGCUCAAACAUCAAACACCUACCCAGACCGAGAGCUUUGGGAAAGGUACAAAAUGAGUCAGGAGCCUUCUCAAUGGCCUGGAUACCAGCAAGCAACUGAGGCCAUAGCAGCGCAUUAUGGCUCAAACAUUGUUGCCACACACUCCUUCCCCAUUAACAGGGCCUAUUCUUACCUUCCAGAUGUCCCUAGUUUUGUUCCCUCUACAAGCAAACCCAUGGUCUUAGCUCCUGUAUUCCCACCACUACCUGCCUCGUUCCCAGAAAUUCCAGUGUUAAAUCCAGUCGGUCAGAGAACAACUCUACACAAGGAGGCUGAGCAGCAGCCACCAGCCAACGGCAAUGCUGUGCUGCCUCACAAGCUGAGGCUAAAGAAUCCAAGAUUAGCAAAGAAAAAAGAAGAUAGAAUCUCAGCUACAUCCCCACACUCAAUAUAUGUAUCCAGCUAAAGAAAGAUGCUUGAU